AUGCCGCGACAUUAUCACUACCAGCCGAGUCGCGAACUCCAUGUGGUAGUCCUAGGAGCAGCCCAGUUCGUUCACAAUGAGUGGAUUGAGAGUUAUGAUCCCACCAUUGAGGAUUCUUAUCGUACUCAGCUCCAGGUUGAUGGACGUCAAGUUAUUCUAGAAAUCCUCGAUACUGCGGGGACCGAGCAGUUCGUCGCUAUGAGAGAUCUCUACAUGAAAACCGGUCAAGGGUUCAUCUUAGUAUUCAGCAUUACGUCGUCGUCCUCGUUGAGCGAACUGGCGGGUUUGCGCGAAGAAAUCAUCCGAAUAAAAGACGACGAACACGUUCCACUCGUCAUUGUUGGCAACAAGGCCGACCUCGAGGAGAACCGUGCUGUGGCCCGAGCCAAGGGCUUCUCCAUUUCACAACGAUGGGGCGCACCCUACUAUGAGGCUAGCGCAAGGACGAGGACGAAUGUUGAUGAGGUCUUUAUCGAUCUCUGUAGGCAAAUGUUACGCAAAGAGGACGAACAAAACGCGAAUGACGGCCCCAAUGACGAUUACAAAUAUGACAACGGUCGAAGUUCCCAUAGACGCCAACGCCGCCGCCGGAAGAAGGAUUCACCACGAUGUGUUAUACUCUAA